AUGAUUGUUAAUAGAUUUUUUACAGAUAUAGAAUCAAGGGUCAAAAAAGAUGAACAAAUGACAUCAAAUAACAAUACCUUAAAUAGAUCACAAAAACAAUCCAUUGAAGAUGAAGAAAUGAAAAGGCGAAAGCUUAAAUUACAUUUGACAAACAUUGUGCAAAAAAGAAGAUUGAAAAUGAACAAGCAUAAACAUAAAAAAUUGAGAAAGC